AUGGCGUCACUCGAAUCUUUGAGCAGUUCUGAUAGCUACGCCACUGCCAUGACCGACUCGGUCCCCUUUGACGCUAAGAAGCACGAGCGUUAUUAUUUCUCAGAUGGUAACGUUGAGAUCGCAGUACAAGGCUUUUGCGACACGAAGCCCACUCUUUACAAUCUCCACCGAUCCAUCCUGGAGAGCCGCUGUCCAGGAUUGGCGCAGAAGCAUCUUUCACAUGCUUCCCCUCUAUACGACCUGUGUAACUAUGCCGGUCUUACGCCCUGGUCCUUCGACUUGAUGCUGUCCUUUGUGUAUCCGGAGCGCCUCGGUGUGACCCCAAGCCUGACCGCGGUCGACUGGAAGAUGGUGCUGCCCCUUACUCAUGAGUGGAUGAUGGAUCAGCUGUUCGACGAAGCCGUCCGUCAAGUUAAACUAACCCCAAGCCCUACUCUUCAGAUCUGGGCUGCCCGCCAGUACAACCUCGGCGACCUUCUCCUUCCCGCGUUCACGAGGAUUUGCGCGGUGCCUAGGUUGUCUGAGGUCAAAUUCCUCUCUUGGCUCAAGUCUUCCGACGUAGCCUUGAUAUCCGAUAUUCGCGCGGAUAUGAAGGACGCGGAGUAUGAGGGGAGGAGGUUCGAUCUGGAACAGGCGCUGGUCAAUGCGAAGCUCGUGAGCGCCAUAGAGAUCGUGCCCUCCACCCAGACGCUUCAUCAGCCCGUACUAUCCGGCGGCAAAGGGCGGCUGUUCUCAGACGUUCACGCCCCCAUCAUCUCUGGCCAUAGUCAACCGCAAAGCCAGAAGGACAGCCACGAAAGCAGUCGCGUGCAGGAAGUAGGAAAGACAGCGGACCAGGCGACUGCUACCGUCGACCUGACAAAAGCGACUACCGUCUCCGGCAUCACGCUCUGCCUAUCUUCAUCGACAUCAUCGUCGACUGCCUAUACGGAUUCGUCUGUAUCCGAUGAGUGCGAGGAGUGACAGUUGACCACCGGUUUCCCUGCUGCGCGACAGAAAAUUAGUCGAGACCGAGGACUUGACGCUGGACGACAUGGAAUGCUGCCAACGCGAGCUUGCUUCGACCAACUUGAAUUCCUU